AUGUCUCAAGAACAAGUAUCAGAUGCUCUGAAGGAGCCCACAACAGACCCAGUGAACACAGAGGAAGUGGGACAAGAAGAAGACGACCUCGAAGACAUUUUCGAAGAUGACGACUUCGACCUCGACGGCCCGGAGACCAGGUCCUUCAACCGACAAACUGCCAACGGACCAGCAGGCGCCGUUUCAAGAUCAAGCAAGCCCUCAGCAAACACACAGGCCAACGUCGACGAUCAAAUAUCUGCACUCUCGAAGCACGCCGCCAAGAUCCGCCUCGACGAUGUCAAGCAAACCCAGGACCGUGACAAGGACAAGGCCGACCGCGCCACGAGCGAACUCGUGUUGGACCAGCGCACCCGAAUGAUCCUUCUGCAGAUGAUCAACCGUGGCAUCGUCUCCGAGGUCCACGGCGCAAUCAGCACAGGCAAAGAAGCGAACGUUUACGGCGCCGUGCUGCACCCAGACGAUGGCUCCGAGCCAGCACAGAAGGCGAUCAAGAUCUACAAGACAGCGAUUCUGGUCUUCAAAGACCGCGAGAGGUACAUCACUGGAGAGCACCGCUUUAAGGGCGGCUCGGAGAAGGGAAACAACCGGAAGAUGGUCAAGCUGUGGGCUGAGAAAGAAUUCCGGAAUCUGAGGAGGAUCUACUCUGCCGGCAUCCCAUGUCCAGAGCCGAUCUCGCUGAAACUGCACGUACUGGUUAUGAACUUCUUGGGAGACAAGAAGGGAUGGGCAUAUCCAAGAUUACGGGAUGCUCAGGUGUCGAGUGAUGACGAGUGGAGGGACCUUUAUAUUCAGCUGCUCGGCAUUAUGCGGCGAAUGUACCAGGUCUGCAGGCUUGUGCACGCCGAUCUGAGCGAGUACAACAUUCUUUACCACGACCGCACACUAUACAUCAUUGAUGUGUCUCAGAGCGUCGAGCAUGACCAUCCUCGAUCACUCGAGUUUUUGCGCAUGGACAUCAAGAACGCAGGCGAUUUCUUCCGGCGAAAAGGAGUCGACACCCUGGCUGACCGCACAGUCUUCGAUUUCAUCAUUGAAUCGCAGGGGCCAGUCGAGGAAGCUGAGAUGAGGAAAAGCAUCGAAGUGCUUUACGAAAGCAGACCUGCGGUUGGCGAAGACGACCAAGCUAUCGCAAACCUCGAGGUAGACAACGAGGUGUUCAGAAACCAGUAUAUCCCACAAACGCUCGAGCAGGUGUACGACAUCGAGGCAGACGGUCAGAAGCUUGGCACAGGACAGGGUGACUCGCUCGUGUACCGAAGCCUCCUCGCUGAUCAGGUGGUGCUCUCUAAGGACGACAAGGGCACAGGCGAGGCUGCGGACGGCAGCGCUGGCUCGGAUGACGAGUCUGACGACGGCGCAUCGUUGAAUGAGAGCGGGAGUGAAUCCGGCGAAGAUGAUAGUCGGCCACGGGGAAAGAGGUUUCUUGACAAAGACGAGAAAAGGGCCCACAAACAGGCAGUAAAAGAGUCAAAACGUGAGAAGAGGAAAGAGAAGAUGCCCAAGUCUGUCAAGAAGAAACUGACUUCUCUUUGA